AGGGGGUUAGCGAUAACAGAGGAGCAACACGACGACGACGUUCAGUUGCCAACAAGCUCGAGUCGGUGCCGGGUGUCGUUCCGUUUCCCGCGUAGCAGACACAGUCCGUUGUCCAGUCUACCAAUCAGCCACUCGCAGUGCUCCAGUCCAGUCCGUGCGGUCCGUUGCAAUCAACCACAGCUCAACACACACACACCGACUACAGUGACGUCGACGUUGUCGUCGGUGCGCCCCGGAUACACAGCAUGCUAGGUGCGUUGGUGCGGUGCGGAGCGACCAUCACCAGGACCAGGGCCGGCGGACUGCUGCAACCGAUCGUCGCUCGCAGCUUCGUUAACACACGCGGUAUGGCGUCGAGCGGUAGCGGCGGAUUCCUGGUCGAUGACAGCCGGUACGGUUUCCUGCGGGAGCUUGGACUGGACCGGCUCAACAACGGUGUGUACGAUGGGGCGUGGGUGGCAGGUGGGGGCGAGGUGGUCCGAUCGAUCGAUCCAGCAUCCGGGCGCGUGAUCGCCGAGGUCGCCACCGGCAACGAGGCGGACGCGGACCGCUGCAUCGCGACCGGCGUCCGGGCGUACGAAGAGUGGCGCCAUCUGCCGGCCCCGUACCGUGGUGAGAUCGUGCGGCAGAUCGGGGACGAGCUGCGCAAGUACCGGGACGCGCUCGGCCAGCUCGUGUCGCUCGAGAUGGGCAAAAUCCGGCCGGAGGGUAUCGGCGAGGUGCAGGAGUUUGUCGACAUCUGUGACUACGCGGUCGGUCUGUCGCGGAUGUACGCCGGCCAGAUACUGCCGUCGGAGCGGGCCGGCCACACGAUCCUGGAGAAGUGGAACCCGCUCGGGCUGGUGGGCAUCAUAUCGGCGUUCAACUUCCCGUGCGCCGUGUUCGGGUGGAACGCGGCGAUCGCCCUCACCGUCGGUGACUCGGUCCUGUGGAAGGGUGCCCCCAGCACACCGCUCGUCAGUGUCGCGACGACGCGCAUCGUGGCGGAGGUACUGCGCCGGAACAAGCUACCCCCGGUCGUGACGCUCUGCCAGGGUGGUACGGAUGUUGGGCGGCGGCUCGCUUCGGACGAUCGCGUCCGGUUGCUCUCGUUCACCGGCAGCACGGCGAUCGGGCGGGAGGUCAGUGUGGAGGUGCAGCGACGCUUCGGCCGGGUACUGCUCGAGCUCGGCGGUAACAACGCGCUCAUCAUCAACGACGAUGCACCGGCCGAGAUGGCCCUCGAUGCGGCCUUCUUCGGCUGCAUCGGUACGGCCGGGCAGCGCUGCACCAGCACCCGGCGGCUCAUCAUACACGAGCGGCUGUACGAGACGUUCCGGGCGAAGCUGGUGAGCCGGUACGGGGCGCUGCUCAAGCGCGUGGGCCAUCCGCUCGAUCAGGCGACCCUGUACGGACCGCUGCACAACGAACGGGCGGUCGAGGCGUACCGGCAGACGAUCGCCGAAGCGCUCGAGCAGGGUGGCCGGAUCGAGUGCGGUGGCAAGGUGCUCGAGCGGGAGGGCUGCUUCGUCGAACCGACCAUCAUCUCCGGGCUCGCCCACAACGCACCGGUCGUGCUGCGGGAAACGUUCGCCCCGAUCGUCUACCUCUUCAAGGCCCGCAACCUUACCGAGGCCAUCGAGUGGAACAACGAAGUCGACCAGGGUCUCUCCUCCUCCCUCUUUACCGCCAACGUACUGUCCGCGUUCCAGUGGAUCGGUGAGGCCGGCUCGGACUGUGGGAUCGUCAAUAUCAACACCUCACCAUCCGGUGCCGAGAUCGGUGGUGCGUUCGGUGGGGAAAAGCAUACGGGCGGUGGCCGCGAGUCCGGUUCCGACGCCUGGAAGCAGUACGUGCGCCGCUCGACGAUCACGGUCAACCAUUCGCCGAACCUUCCGCUCGCCCAGGGUAUCGUCUUCGAGUGAUAGUGACGCUGCCACCAACCCACCCACCGUUUCCAUCCAUCGAACAAAUCACAAUCGGCAAUAAAAAAAAAGUGGAACGCGCACAAGCGCUCAAUGUUGUUGA